AUGGCUCCUCCUGCAGCUGAAAUUAGAAGAAAAUUAGUCAUUGUUGGUGAUGGUGCUUGUGGUAAAACAUGUUUAUUAAUUGUUUUCUCUAAAGGUACUUUCCCAGAAGUUUACGUUCCAACUGUUUUCGAAAAUUACGUUGCUGAUGUUGAAGUUGAUGGUAGAAAAGUUGAAUUAGCAUUAUGGGAUACUGCUGGUCAAGAAGAUUAUGAUAGAUUAAGACCAUUAUCAUACCCUGAUUCCAAUGUUAUCUUAAUUUGUUUUGCUGUUGAUUCACCAGAUUCUUUAGAUAACGUUUUAGAAAAAUGGAUCAGUGAAGUUUUACAUUUCUGUCAAGGAGUUCCAAUUAUCUUAGUUGGAUGUAAAAGUGAUUUAAGAAAUGACCCUAAUGCUAUUGAAUAUUUAAGACAACAACAACAACAACCAGUUUCUCAAAGUGAAGGUCAAAGUGUUGCUCAAAAAAUUGGUGCUGCUAACUAUUUAGAAUGUUCCGCUAGAACUGGUGAAGGUGUUAGAGAAGUUUUCGAAGCUGCUACAAGAGCUUCUUUAAGAUCAAAAGAAAAGAAAGAAAAAACUAAAAAGAAAUGUAAUAUUUUAUAA